AUGAAGUUCUCCUGGCUACCCACGUUCCUGCUUCUCUCUUCCGGGGUCACGUCCCUAUCGAUCCCCAACCUGAAUGACCUCGUCGCGCGUCAUGCGGAUCCCAACCCGGAGACCUCAGAUCUGAUUGACCUGGAGAAGCGACGGGGUGGCGGCGGCGGCGGAGGACGCUCUGGUGGCGGCUUUAGCAGCGGGGGAAGCGGUGGAGGGCGCACGAGCUCGUCCGGCAGCAGUCGAGGGGGCAUCAGCAACAGUGGCAGCACGAGCUCAUCCAGCAACCUGGGCGGCAGCACGAGUCACGGCUCCGGCGUCCAGCCCAAGUACGGCGGCGGUAGCUACUACGCCGGGGGCGCAACCACUCCCUAUCGCUCCGGCAGCAAAACAGCCGGCGGCAUCAGCCCUCACCUGGUGGCCGGCGCCGGACUGGGGUUUUUGGGGGGCGCCUGGCUGGCGCACAGCUACUACCUCUACCCUUAUCCGCACGCUUACCUGUACAAUGAGCAGUCGUACCCCGUGGAGUGCGUGUGCGCGCAGUACAGCGAGUGUGGCUGCGGCGACAACCAAAACCAGACUUACUACACCUCGCUCUUCCACGGGGAGCGGCCUGAGAACUCGACCAACGUACGCGUGCUGGAUGUUAAUGGCACCACGACCAUCUAUAUCAAUGGCACGCUGCCCAACGGGACCACGGCGGCAUCCGGGGCGUCGCCCGCAGCCACGGUGCCCGCGCAUCUGGGCGGUUAUUUGGUCACGGUGGCCGUUGUGGCCGCCGCGGUGUGGGGGAUUUAG